AUGGAGGUCAUUCAGUGGUCACUUUUGUGGAAUACAUUCAAGGACGAGUUUGAGAAUGAAAAGAACAUGCUUGGUGGGGCUAUAGGUGCAAAAGCAGCAGAAGAUCUUAGAGAAAGAGUGAUAGAACAUAACAUCCUCGUCGUCUCGAAGUAUUACUCACGGAUUACCUUGAAUAGACUUGCGGAUCUGCUGUGUCUCAGUAUUCAGGAAGCUGAAAAGCAUCUUUCAGAUAUGGUUGUAUCCAAAGCGCUGGUGGCAAAGAUUGACAGGCCAAUGGGUAUUAUCUGUUUCCAGAGUGCAAAGGACAGUAAUGAUAUUUUAAACUCAUGGGCCAUGAACUUGGAGAAGCUGCUUGACCUUGUGGAGAAGAGCUGCCACCAAAUUCACAAGGAAAUGAUGGUUCACAAAGCUGCCUUGAAAGUUUAA